AUGCGGCGGCCGCCCCGGGCCCUGGCGCUGGGGCUCGUCGCGCUCUGCCUGGCCCAGGCCGCGCGCCCCCCGCACGGCCCGGGCGUGUCCCUGUACAUCCCGCAGCCGGCCAUCAACGCCUCGGCGGCGGAGGACGUGCUGCUGUCCGUGGACUACGCCUGCGAGGGCGUGCCCACCAUCGAGUGGAGGCACGCGUCGCCCCGGGGCCAGCGCACCGUCGCGGCGUGGGCGCCGGGGGGCCCGGCCAACGUGUCCCGCAGCCACCGGGGCCGGGUGUGCACCUUCCCCAACGGCUCGCUGCAGCUGCUCGGCGUGGGCGUGCCGGACGCCGGCUACUACGUGGUGACCGUGACCGAGCGCCGGGGGGGCAGCCGCUUCGGCACCAUCGCGCUGCAGGUGUCAGAGGUCCUGUACGAAGACCUGCACUUCGUGGCCGUCUUCCUGGCGCUGCUGGCCGCGGUGGCCGCCGUGCUCGUCAGCCUCCUGUGGGUUUGCAACCGCUGCGCCUACAAGCUCCGGGCCGGGAGAAGGCGCGCGCUCAAAGAGAGCGCGGUGGAGGUGCUGGAGCUGCAGGAUGUGGACUGCUAGUGGACUCCCCUCCUCCGAGGACGCCCCUUUCCCGGCGGGGACAGGCGGGAGCCCCGGAGCCGCCACCAGGUCCCAGCGCCACGGGCGAGCCUGGCCGUAGGGCCGAGUCCAGACGAGGCCCCCGUGGGAGGAGACAUGCGUGGGCACGGCUGGCCCACGUGGCCCUGACGGAGCAGGCGAAAUGGCCCGAGGUCCCGGCGCCAUCCCGUGGGUCCCUGGCCCUUGUGUGGCCAGCCAGGCCCGGCUCCCGUGGGGCCGAGGAGCCCUUGGCGCCCCCCA